CUGUGUUCAUUUUGACGGCAAAAAUGUCUGCUGAAAACCAAUUUUUGAUCAUUUAGGUGAAGGCUCAGAAGUUAAUAAAAGGGUCCACCGUAUCCAACCUCACGGUUCUGCCAGCUUCUCACCGCUCAGAUCCCUAUUUCAUCCCCAUGCCAGUCUUACAAGAGGAUGCCAAUAAAGGGAUUCUAAGUAUGCUAGAACGAGGACUGAUUCCACCAACAGCAAGAAUUACCUUUCAGAAUCCACCCAUUAUACCCAGAGCGGCCCCUCUGCAUAGCUUUGAUGAAGCACGUAAGAUUUCUUUGACUACCGUGGGAGAUGCAGAUAGUGAGCAGGGGAGAGGCACAAAGUCAAGAGGAUAUCAUGACAGGAAGACCUUGAAAACGACAACACCGUCUAAGUCUCCGCAUUUGCCGUGGGAACAUGACUUUUUUAUUUAUAAUGGAGUUGUAGACAAGACAGCCCCUGACUUCGUAGCAUUCAAGGAACAUUACAGUUUGUCUUGGGGAAGUAUUUUCUCUCUGUUGGAACACAUCCAGAGGUUUCUCAGGGACUACGCGAUACCAGAAGUCAAAAUAAAAGGGAACAGUUUGGCAGCGCUCCUGCCAGAGUUUGAGCUCAAGAAUAAACUUAGCAGACAUGACCUCCUCUCAGUGUUAGAGAACCCGGUUCACAUCCAGAUGAUGUUAAACCUGCCGGGGCAAAGGUUCAAGGGCCAAGAUGGAAAGACAGAGGCUGCCAGGAAGAUCCAAGCCACGUGGAAAUGCUACCGAGCCAGAAAACGCUUCCUCAUUUAUCGGCGGCAGAAGUGGGCGUCAGGAGUGAUCGCCAUCGCCUGGCUCUUACACUGCCACAAGGUCCGACUGAGGAAGCUCCUGAAGGAGUCACGUGAAAGACACCUGGAGAAUUUCCGCAUUCGAGCCAAGCAUCUGGCAGCCAACUGGAAUCGCAUCAGGACCUCCAGGAGGACUAUUAUCCAUAUCCCAUCAUUAGGAUAUUCCCAGCCUGUGCGACAAAACAUUGCCGACUUAAACACGCAGCAGAACAUGCAGCUGGGGAGGCUGUGUGACAUCUUAGAUGCCAAUGUAAGCGUCAUCUACAUCUGCGCCCAUCAAAUGAAUGAUGAGUUACUGCUGUAUUACAAUAAAAUCCUGAGUCUACAGGCAGCUGUCAGAUCGGGGAACCUUGAGGACAGAAGUGACCUGCAGGACAGGUUCAAAAUUAUCACCCCUGAAGCUAUAAACAUCUUCACUAUGAUAGAACAGGGGAGCCAGCUGAUCGUCGAUCACCUGGAAAUCCAACGCUGGCUCUUUAAAAUGGACUUCGAGUUCGGGGGAAAUGGGACUGCAUUUUGUGACAUUCCUUCCCACCUAAAGUGCUACAAGCGGGUCCUAAAGGAGAGUCACAGAUACGGCCGCGAAGACUGGAGCAAGAAAUGGGCACAAGAGCCAGCUUUGGUGAAGAUCUCCGAGGAGCUGGCGGGCAUUUUAGCACAGCACGCACAGCCAGUCAACAAGAAACGGUUCCCCACGUGGAGCAAAUUCCUCCAAACAUUUCUCAGUCAAGGAGGCGUGAUCGAAGCAUACCCACCUGCAGAGAGUGUCACCAACCUGACGGUGGACAUGCUGAUAGAGCCCAAUGGAGAAAUCAGGGUGCUGUCAACGGGGGACCAGUUUCAUGCUGAAGGCCCCUUCAUCUCCUCUGGGACCACCAUGCCUCAGACCUCAGUGGAUCCCCAAGUUCUCAGUUCUUUGUGCCUCCAAAUUGGAAAUGCUUGUAAAAUGAAAAAUGUGGUUGGUUACUUUUCCAUAGACCUGGUGACUUUUAUUGAUCCAAGCACCAUGGAGCAGCAGGUGUGGGCAACGGGCCUCAACCUCUCAUACAGUGACCAGCUGGCCCUGACGCAGCUCGCCUUGUACCUGACCAACGGCCACCUGGAUUGCAGCUUGAGCACCCUGCAGGUGCCCUCCUUUGUUCCCAAGAGAGAGCGGAGAGUGAGCCACCUGAACGCCCAGGCAAUGCCGAACAAUCGGUGA